AUGGAAGAUGCCCAGAUUAAGAGGAGAUGGCAGACUUACUUCCAUAAACUUCUGAAUGAAAAAGGGGAUCGGGAUAUUGUGCUAGGCGAAUUGGAGCAUUCCGAGAGUCACCGUGACUUCGGGCACUGCAAGCGUAUCAAGGCUGAGGAGGUUGUGGGGGCUAUGCAUAAGAUGAGUAGGGGCAGAGCAACCAGGCCAGACGAGAUUCCGGUGGAAUUUUGGAAGUGUGUAGGCAGAGCAGAUUUGGAGUGGUUGACUGGGUUGUUUAAUGUUCCAAGAGAAGUUCUCCGGAGAUGCUUGGAGACAAAAGGUGUGUCGGUUCCCUAUAUUAUGGCGAUUAGGGACAUGUAUGAUGGGGCUAAGACUCGGGUUAGGACAGUAGGAAGCGACUUGGAGCAUUUUCUGGUUGAAAUGGGGCUACACCAAGGCUCUACGCUCAGUCCGUUCUUAUUCGCCCUGGUGAUGGAUGCAUUAACAAACCAUAUUCAAGGGGAGGUGCCAUGGUGCAUGUUAUUUGCCGAUGACAAAGUUCUGAUUGAUGAGUCAUGA